UCCCUCUCUUGUCUCCCUCUUGUGACUCCUCCCUCAGCCUGGUGUCCUCUCAGCCUCCCUCUGUCUCUCCUCAUCAGACCUCUGCCUCUCUUAAACUCAGACAUCUCUCAAGAACAACAGAGGAUCAUUCUUUCACUUACAGAAUGCCUUUCGGAGGAGGAAACAAGUGCGGCUGCUGCCAGAAAACUGUAUACUUCGCAGAGGAAGUGCAGUGCGAGGGGAAGAGCUGGCAUAAAUCCUGCUUUCUGUGCAUGGUCUGUAAGAAGAACUUAGACAGCACAACAGUGGCCGUCCAUGUGGAUGAGAUCUACUGCAAAUCAUGCUAUGGCAAGAAAUACGGGCCGAAAGGCUACGGCUUCGGAGGCGGAGCCGGCACCUUGAGUAUGGACACAGGAGAGGGACUGGGGAUCAAGCCUGAAGAACAAGCUCCUCAUCGCCCUACAUCCAACCCCAACGCCUCAAAGUUUGCCCAGAAACAAGGCGGCUCAGAUGUGUGUCCUCGAUGUGGGAAAACAGUGUACGCAGCCGAGAAGGUUGUUGGAGGAGGCAAUUCCUGGCACAAAGGCUGCUUUCGCUGCGCCAAGUGUGGAAAAGGACUCGAGUCCACAACCCUUGCCGAUAGAGACGGAGAGAUCUUCUGUAAAGGUUGCUACGCCAAGAACUUCGGCCCCAAAGGGUUUGGUUUUGGUCAAGGUGCAGGAGCUCUUGCUCACUCCCAGUAAAACUCCAAGCCUGGGCCCUCCAGGGACUGACCUCGCUCAGAUAGCAUCACUUCAAGGAUCCUUCAGUUGAUAUAUGGCCUAUUUUACUCUGUUCACUCCAGCUGAAGGCAAAGCGGAGUGACAGAGGCACUCGACACACUGCUUUAUAUACACAAGUUCACCAAGUAGAUUUUGCUCUGUGUGACAUUUCAAUCUAGAUUGUCCUAUUUUUGACGGCUUAAAAAACAAAAAUAAUGCUCAAUGUUUAAAACGCUAACUAUGUUUGAAUGUGCACAUUGUGUGAGUUUGACUGAAUGGUUAACUAAAAGAUGACCCUCCUUAGGGAAAAAAAAAACAGUUCCCGAGGCUGUAAUACUCAGAGACAUGUCUAAUGCAGUAACAGAACUAAGUUUGGCAAGUGUUGAGACCGAUUUAUGCCUAAAACAGUUGGCAUCUAACCGAGAAAAAUAAGAUAUAUUUUAAGACUGACAGCUUUGAAAUAUCAGGCUUACAUAAUGCUUCAGUUACACUCAAGAUAAAGCGUCCCUUUCUGCCUAGCAUGUCACAUGCUGUAGAUAUUGUCUUAAGAUAUGCUUUACUGCUGAGACACAAAUUAAAUCAGGCAACAAAAAAAACAAGCGCAAUAGAUUUUUCUUUCUCCAUGAGUCAAAGUUUGGCAUGCUCUGCGCAAAUGUCAUUGUUCUUUUUGGGUUUCUGGUCUGGGGUGUGUGUGUGUGUGUGUGUGUGUGUGUGUGUGUGUGUGUGUGUGUGUGUGUGUGUGUGUGUGUGUGUGUGUGUGUGUGUGUGUGUGUGUGUGUGUGUGUGUGUGUGUGUGUGUGUGUGUGUGUGUGUGUGUGUGUGCGCGGUACUGGGUGUGCUAGUAAUUCCUUCUAAUCAUCAUCAAACAGAGGAAAACGCCAGCUGUUGUUAGGAACAACGGAGUCGCAGUGCUCAGCCCCAUCUCUGCCUGCGCCGAGGAGCUGGCACGCUGACCAGAGAGAGGGGCAGCUGUGGAGGGGAGGGGGGCAGCUGUUUGUUUUUGUAAAGACUACAACGUGUGUGAGUCAGAUCACAGCCAAACUAGGUCCGAAUCCACACACAGAAAAAAGUAUGACAGUAUUUAGAUUUAAAAGUCAUAAAUAAUAUAUUUAAUUUCUGACACAUUAGACACGUUUUAAAAUGUAAACAUGUUUUCUCCAAAUGUCCUGCUGCAAAUAUGAAAAUACCAUGGACAUGUAGUUCAAUUGUCUUCAGACUUUCCCCACUAGAGGGCAGUAGAGUAAUUUAAUCUAAUUUUACAGCGUGAUCAGGUGAAGAGCUAAUGACUGCAACAAAUCUUUUUAUCUUCAAAAAUAAAACUACAAAUAAAUCA